ACACGUCCUUCAGCGAUCCAGCUCUCGCAAGCUUGACUCUGAUCGACAAUCUCUCUUUCGAAGUUUUGAGCUUUCUUCUUUCGAUCUCUUCGCGAAAAUGCCUUCAUUCGAGCUUGAGCUAGAUCUUUCAGUAGAGGUUGGUCCCAUGUGGGCAGUCAUGGAGACUCAGAACAACCUCCUCCCGAAGCUCUUGCCAGAGAUUUACCAAAGCAUCGACAUCGUCGAGGGUGAGGGAGCCCCAGGAUCUGUUCGACUCGUCAUGUUCGGAUCAAUGGUUCCGAAUGGUGGGUACGUGCAGUAGGUCAUCAGGAGCAAGGACCGCCAGACCCUUACCGUUGUGUCAGAGGAGGUCUCGGGAGGACAUUUGGAGACAUAUGGAUUCACCAAAUGGGUGCAAACGUUUAAGUUGAUCCCUGCCGAGGAGGGCUCGAAAUUGCUCAUUUCUGCUGAAUUUGAGGGUGGAUCGGAGGAGGACAUUGACGAGUCCAACAAAUGGACGAAGCUUGUACUCAUCAAAACUUUCGAGGUUCUCGAGCGCUGCGCUGCCAGGUCCUCCUGAAUUGCGCUCCCUCAAAUUCUAAAAUCUGCUAUAUGCUGGAUCAAUCAGCUCCAUCUGCAGUUGAAACCUGAUGCAAUCGCUGUCAGCGGAUUUGUGCAAGUUCUUGCUCUUCUUUCUCGGACUCACUGUUAGUUUUGUUUGAGCCCAUAGAGCAUUGGCACACGAAUCAAAUCAGCUUCGUGAACCUUAUGGCUGUGCUCAGGACGCCAUUGAUCUUUUCAGCUGACUUGUAAUUAAAAUUGGCAUCUCCAAAGUGAGAAUAAAACCUUCCAAUGAGGUUGUCAUCACAACCGCU